AUGGGCCAACUGAGCAAGCAAAUACCUGAGGGGUCCUCAAAUACAUUUCCUGAUGAUAUAGUGGUGAAUCUAAGAGAGGAAUGCAAGGCUAUCACCUUGAUAAGUGGACAAGUAGCAAUACCAACUCCAAAGAAGAGUCCAAGAAGAAUAUUGGCAGUAGUGGAAGAUGAUGAUAAUACUGAGAUAGCAGGUAAUGUACAAGUUGUGAAGCACACCCAAAUAAGCGGUGAGCCCCAGCCCAUGGAAGAGGCCCAUCAAGAGAACAACCUAGCUGAUGUUGUUGCCCAAAAUGAGGACAGUUUUACAGUGCCCCAACAGAUACCAAAUCCAGCACCUUCAUCAUCCCAUGAAGCAAGACAGAUUUCCCAACCUCCUCCAACACCUGUCCAACCAGAUGAACCACCAUCAUCUCAGUCCCAACCUUCUCAGCCACCUGUUGAGUAUGAUCAGCAACCAUCCCAUACUCAUGGGACAGACCCAGUCCCUCCCUCUAAAGCCAAUGUCUCUGAAGCUUCCCAGCCACCUAUUGAGCAUGACCAGCAACCAUUCCACACUGAUGGUUCAGACCAAGUCCCUCCCUCUGAAGCCAAUUUCUCUGAACCUAUUGCACCUGAACAGCUCACCCAAUACAUCCCACAUCCUUAUAGAAAUCCACUUUCACAAUCAAUCCCUGAGUCAGUCCCACCCUCUGACUCCAACAGAACUCCCCAAAAUAAUGAAAUUAUUACAACUCUAUAA